AUGUCAAGAAUAAUCGAUAAUAAAGAGACGGAUAGUAUUAAACUGAUUGUAUUUCAUCGCAAUCUGUUUGGUUUGGCCGACGAAUUCUUGGGUCAAACGUUUGUGCCGUUGAAGGACUUUGAUAUCUACGAGAGGCCAAAGAGUCGAUGGUAUGAACUCGAGGGCCGAUCAAACAAAAAGGCCAAUAAAUAUCGCGGAGAGAUUGAAAUUCGGGUCACAUUUAUAGUGAAAAAUAUACCAAAUGUUAAACACAAUAAAAAGCGCAAUAGUUUAGUACAUCACAGCCUACUUGACAUCCGGGCGGCCGUUAGGGGCGAACAU